AUGCUGCUCUUCCUGCACCUGCUGCCUGCCAUGCUGCCCACUGCCACCCUGGCUGGCUGCCCCGCAGCUGGUGCUGACCGGCACCUCAUUCUAGCCAAGGUGCGGGCUCGGGUGCUGGAGCAUCUGAGCCCCCCACAUCUUCAGGAGGAGCCCCAGAAGGAAGCACGGAGGGUGCACAGGAGGGACGUAGUUGAAAAUGAUGAAGUUGAGCCACAGGAGCUGGAAGACACCUCCCAGGUGAUCCUCUUCCCUUCCACAGAUGUGCCCUGUGAGCCCAUGCAGCCGGACAAGCUGCUGGAGGAAGAAGGGAUUUUCACCUACCUCUUUCAGCCCUCAGCGCACACCCUGAGCCGCGUGGUGACCUCCGCCCAGCUCUGGUUUUACACCGGUCCCUCAGCUACCCCCAACCACUCGGCCCCCGAUGUGCUGACGCUGUCACCAGAGGGCCGAGUGCCGGUGACGGCCACGGUGGUGCGGACGCCAGAGCACUGGACAGUGUUCCACCUUGCCCCUGAGCUGCUGUCCCAGUUCUCACAGCCACUCUUUGUGCUCCUGGUACGCUGCCCUGGCUGCCCCUGCCUGGCCGACGGGGAUAAGAUGCCCUUCUUGGUGGCCACCACUCGGGCCAAGGGCAGCGAGAGGGCUCGUCGCUCUGCCGUGCCCUGGUCCCCAGCUGCCCUGAGCCUGCUGCAGCGCCCAUCUGAGGACCUGGCUGCCCAUACCAACUGCCGCCGGGCUUCUCUCAACAUCUCCUUCGAGGAGUUGGGCUGGGACAAGUGGAUCGUGCAUCCCAGCAGCUUCGUUUUCCACUACUGCCACGGGAACUGCGCCGAGGGCCACGGGCUGAGCCACCGCCUGGGGGUACAGCUUUGCUGUGCCGCCCUACCCGGCACUAUGCGCUCGCUGCGCGUCCGCACCACCUCCGACGGAGGCUACUCCUUCAAGUACGAGACAGUGCCCAACAUCCUGGCUCAGGACUGCACCUGUGUCUAGGGCAUCCUACAGCCCAGACCGUGACCCCAUCAGGGAGAAGUUACUCAGCCCUGCACUGCAGGGGCCAGAGAGACCCGGCAGGGGGAUUUGGGCUGUACCACGCUCCUACUGCAACAAGUCAGAGGUUUGGGCUGCCUCUGUCCCUUGCUGGAGUCAGCCUCAUGUCUGCAAGCAGCUCAGCCUCUGCUUCUCCCUACCUGCUUCCCCCUCCCAAUAAUUUUCUCCCCUCCCCAAAAAAGACUUAUGUCUCGCUGCUGCUGCAGCGUGUGACAUCCUCCUCAGGCUCCCGGGCAGGGUCAGGCUGCCACGACAGAGGCAGGAACAGGGACAGGCUGCGCCACAGCCAGACCAUGCCAGGACCUCAAACUGGUGACAGGGCUGCUGGUCCACGUAGUUCUGCAAGUGAGUCCUCUUCCAACAGCACAGCCUGUUGGAAAGCUUAACAGGAUGAGUGAAAUAAACCUUCUUUUCUUUAACUGAAA